ACUUCCCCAAAAUAAUUCCUAGAGCAUCUGUUUUAGAAAAACAUCUGUUAUUGAUUUAAAAAUUUGUCAGUGAUGGAGAAUCCACCACAAUCCUUGGUAAAUUGUUCCAAUGAUUAAUUACCAUCACUUAAAAAUGUGUACCUUAUUUCCACUAUGAAUUUGUUUAGCUUCAGCUUCCAAGAUUGGAUUGUGUUAUACCUUUCUUUGCUAGAUUGAGAGCCCAUUAUUAAAUAUUUGCUACUCAUGUAGAUACUUAUAGACUGUAAUCAAUUCUCCCCUAAACCUUCUCCUUGUUAAGGUAAAUAGACUGAUCUGUUUGAGUCUGUCAUUAUAAGGCAUGUCAUCUAAUCCUUUAAUCAUUCUCAUGAUACUUCUCUGAACCCUCUCUGUUGCAUGGUGAGUUACCUUAUUUCCUUUAUACCCAAUCUUAAAUCCACUGAGAGUUUUUAAUGCAUUUUAUUUUCUGUAUGCUGUUCAUACAUCCUGUUUUCUCAGCAGAGAAGUACAGUUAGUAAUCAGAGUUCUCUUAAACCUAAACCUAUAAAUUCAUAAAUUACAGAUUUAUUUUUAACUUUUUUAUUAAACUAGUAGGGACAGUCGCUAAUACCACAACACAUUUGCUCAAUUACAGUUGAAAUUUACAAAAUAUAUGUAGUGAUCAUGGUAUUUAUGCAAAAAUUUUCAAACCAAAAUGCCUGAUUUUAGUCACUUGACUUGAAAACUUUGAUCUACAUGCUUUUAAUCUGUAGAGUAAAAUUAAGCAUAGUACAGUGAUGCCUAGUAUAAAACAAAUGUAUGUUUGUACAUUAGAUAAUUUCCUAGUGAUUCCUGUUCCUGAAUGGCAUAAGUUGGUGCCAUUGCGUGACACAAUUUUCCAACCACUUUUCUCUAAGCCAUUACCUUUGCAAUUCUGCUACACCUCCCACACACUAAUCUGACAUCUUUUCAAAGCAUUCUCAGAAUUAUUUUAAUGUUGAAAUAUUAAAAAUUUCAGCAUUGUAUGAUAUGAGAUUCUUUGUCAGAAUAAAGAGACACUGCCAAAGUGAUCAUAUUUGAAAAAGCAACAAAGAGUCCUGUGGUACCUUAAAGACUAACAAAUAUAUUGGAGCAUAAGCUUUUGUGAGUGAAUAUUAUGCUCCAAUACAUCUGUUAGUCUUUAAGGUGUCACAGGACUCUUUAUUGCUUUUUACAGAUCCAGACUAACACGGCUACCUCUCUGAUUACUUAUUUGAAAAGACAACCAAAAAACCCAGACAGAUCCUUUUGCUAUGUUACCAGUGACUGCACUACAGAAAUUUUAAAUGGAAAGAAUUGUAAUACAUAUACUCUUCAGCAUUUUUAUGUUAUAUUUUCAUUUAACUCAACAAGUAUACUGAAAAGUUAAUAAGCAUUUUACUUUCUUUUUAGAGUAUGAGUUUCCAAAACUUCAAGGAAAUAUUAAAGUAGAAUUUUUAGUUAUCAUUCUUUACUGCAUGCUCUUCAUGCUCCCUUCCUUUUAAACUUUCCUAAAAACAUUUAAGUUCACAGUAGGUUUUUUUAAUUAAAAAAACUAAAGUUCUAGCAAAUGCUACUUGACAGUAUCUAUUUAUAAAGUUGCUUUUACAACUUUCCAGAUCAGAAACGGAGCACCUUUUCUGACAGACGCAAACAGGAUACAAAUCCCUGCUGUAAUCAUCUCUAAAGUAUCAGUUUUUUCCCGUAUCAAAUUAAUGGUGUUGGGUUUGUUUAAAAAUUUUUUUUUGGCAAGAAUUGCAUUUCUCUUGGCUAUUUCUUUAGUGACUGAGAAACCUGGAAGAGGUGAUGAAGGCCCGGUUUAUUAUUUUAUUAGUCAUGUUGUUCAGCCUGCUUCCACUAAUGCUGGAGUGUCUAAUGCAGUUAGUGAGAGCUGGCGCUACUGUAAAUGCCUGUACAACACGUUUUGCCCAAACACCAGCCCAUAUUGCUGCUUUUGGAGGACAUCCUCAGUGCCUGAUCUGGUUGGUUCAAGCAGGGGCCAACAUAAACAAGCAGGAUUAUGUUGGUGAAACUCCUAUUCAUAAAGCAGCACGAUCUGGUAGUAUGGAUUCCAUAAGUGCCCUUGUAGCUCAUGGAGCUCAAAUAGACUUGAGAAAUGCCAGUGGACUGACAGCAGCAGAUCUUGCACAUACCCAGGGCUUCCAAGAGUGUGCCCAGUUUCUCUUGAACCUCCAGAACUGUCACCUGAACCGUUUCUUUAGCAAUGGCACGUUAAAUGGAGGUCCCAAUCCAGUCAAUGGUGGGACAAGUCGAAAGAGAUCCUUUGAAGAUGUGGAUUCUGCUGGAGUAAAGAAAGCUAGGAUUGAAGCUCAUAGCUUUGAUGGCUUAAUACCAAUGAUGAAUGGAGGAAAUGAGGAUGAUGCUGACAAUAUGCACAUUGAUAAAGAGUUUGCUGUUGUAUCAGAUAUGAAUAGCAGUAGCUCCGUUUUGAAUGCAUUGACAAAUGGAUGUACCAUCAAUGGACAUUUGGACUUCACCGCCAUAACACAGUUUAAUGGAAUGGAUGCCAGGCAUGAAGAAUGUUUAACGUUAAUACCUAAUGGAAUAACUCCUGGAGUAGCUUCUGCCAAUAGGCACAGUAGUCACACCAGUAACGGCACUGAAGAACCAGAAAAAGCCAUGAAUACUUCUGCUGAUAUGUGUGGUUCACUGCAUCUGAAUGGAAGCCCAAGUAGCUUUGUGUCUAACAGGCCCUCAUGGGUUGACGAUCUUGGAGAUACUUUGCACUAUGGGCAUUAUCAUGGUUUUGGGGAUACUGCUGAAAGCAUCCCUGAACUUAACAGUGUUGUUGAGCAUUCCAAUUCUGUUAAAGUUGAACAGAAAUACGAUAAUACUGUCUUAGGCACAAUGUAUCUUUAUCAUGGCUCCUAAAUCAGCAUCUUGUUCGUCAAAUUCAUUUUGAAAUUGCUAGCAAAUGUUUGGGAGGGACAAAAAAUCCUCACCUAGCAUUAAAUCUGAAGAAUGCAACUAUUACUAUUUUUACACUUUUGUUUAUAUAAAAAGUAAACCUUUCAUUUGACAGUCUUAUACUAUAGUUCUAAUUUGUUGCAUGUAUGGGGCUUAUUUAGUGAUGCAAGUAGGUGGUGUUACAAUGAAAUGUUUAUUCUUUGCAUUUUACUAUGGAAUGUUGUGGUUUUUUACUUUUUUAUUUCCAAGCUAGUGAACACUAUCUUCCCCUUUUUAAAAAAUGUUUUCCCUCUUAUUAAUAUGAUCAAACUGUAUUGAAUUUUGUGCAGAAAACAAGUUGUGUUUGUGCAUCUCUUUUGAAGUAAAUAUUUUCCUUUUUUGUACUUUCUGCUGAAGCUAUGGUAGCAACAUCAGUGCCAGCUGUCACUAUGCAAGGUUUGAAAAGUGUUCUUAAAGGAGCUUCUCUGAUUUACAAAUUUGUGCAUUUAUUGAAUCGAAAGUUCAUCUUUACUUUCUAUGACAAAUUAAAUGUUAAAAAUGCAAAGACGAAGUUUGAAAAAUGUUUCACUUUAAUGUAGCAUAGGAAUUAUUUUCUUCAUUGUUUGGGGCCCUUGGCAUUAUAGAAGUGGAAAAGCAGAUUACCCAUAUUUGGCUGCAAGACAGGGUUGGUUCUGAUUUUUGGACUUUAUCUUUAGCCUGGAGGCAUGUUGGCACUGUUUUUGCUUUUUAUGCAAUUUAAAAUUACUGCUACUUAUUAUAGAAAUCGUCAGGUCAAAAUAUUUGACUGAUUUUGAUAUACUGUACAUAUAUUUUGUUUGCUUUGUGUUUUUUACAACUGCUUUGAAAAUCUAAUGCUGUGUAUAUCUAGCCAGUUAAGAUUACUUUUAGGGUUAUGUUCACUGAAAAUACAUUGUAUUUAAAGCUUAUUACAAAAGUAAAAAUUCAUACAAGUGCUCUGUACAGACAUUAAAUAAUGUAAGAUACUACUUCUGUGAUUUGAUAAAAGAACGGUGGGAGAAUAUAUUAAACAAAAGAAAGCCAGUAAGACCUUCAAACUGUAUCAAUUUUUUGUUGUUUAAAAGGGAUGUUUACAAAUUGGAUUUAAAAAAAAAAUAACUCGA